CGCACGCACGACCCCCUUCCUCAUCUCCAUCGGCGACCAAAAGAUCCGGGCCGGCAAUUGGAAAAAAGAACGGACGGACACCAAAGGUCUCGGCGGCGGCGAUGUCUCUCCCACCGACGGGCGGCGGCGGCGGCGGCGGCGACGACUGGUUCCUCGACUGCGGCAUCCUCGACGACCUCCCCGCUGCAGCUUGCGGGGCCUUCCCGUGGGACGCAUCCCCGUCCUCAUCCAACCCCAGUGUGGAAGUGGGCAGCUUUGUGAACACCAAUGAUAUGUUCAAGGAGCCUGGCAGUAAUAAACGUUUAGGGUCAGGAUCCAGCGGUAGGCCAACAUCGAAAGCUUGCAGGGAAAAACUGAGAAGGGACAAGCUAAAUGACAGGUUUCUUGAACUGGGGACUACUUUGGAACCAGGGAAGCCCGUAAAAGCUGACAAAGUCGCUAUCCUAAGUGAUGCUACUCGCAUGGUUAUUCAGCUUCGUACAGAAACUCAACAGUUGAAGGAUACUAAUGAUAGUCUUGAAGAAAAAAUUAAAGAACUAAAGACAGAGAAGGAUGAGCUUCGUGAAGAGAAGCAGAAGCUGAAAGUAGAGAAGGAGAGCUUAGAGCACCAGAUGAAGCUUAUGACUGCAACUCCAGCCUACAUGCCUCAUCCCACUCUGAUGCCGGCCCCCUUCCCUCAGGCGCCGCUAGCACCCUUCCAUGCACAGGGGCAAGCUGCGGGGCAGAAGCUGAUGAUGCCCAUUGUCGGUUACCCGGGAUAUCCGAUGUGGCAGUUCAUGCCGCCUUCUGAAGUCGACACCUCGAAGGACAGCGAAGCAUGCCCACCUGUUGCAUAAUCGCUUCGAUUGGUCGCACUCACACCGUGUAAAUUCAUCGCAACCGAAGUCCCUAGCUGUUCGAUCCAUCGAUUGGGCGUAACUAUUGUUCUUAUGUGGUAGUUCGUGGAUGACUGAGUAAGCUGACGUUUGUGGCGCCCUAUAGAGGCCACUACCUUCGAUGGCUGUACCAUUUUUUGUGGAGAAAAGAAGAAUGUUCGUUCUUGUUCUCCAUAACAACAAUGUCAAAUUCUGUGUCGUAUAUCGUGAACAGCCUCCAGUGUUCAGUCAUUUUUUUUGUGAUCCAAGUUAAUCAUCUGGCAUGAAUCUUUAUAACAGAGACAUUAUGUUUUACAA